CAGGCGUGAAUGACAGAGGAGGUGCCCCCGACUGCACUUACGGACGUAAACCUGCGUCUUCUCUGCCACGAUGACAUAGACACGGUGAAACAGCUCUGUGGCGACUGGUUCCCAAUAGAGUACCCUGACUCAUGGUACCGAGAUAUUACUUCCAACAAGAAGUUCUUUUCCCUCGCAGCCACAUAUAGAGGCUCCAUCGUGGGAAUGAUAGUGGCAGAGAUCAAGAGCAGAACAAAGGUGCAUAAAGAGGAUGGAGACAUCCUAGCUUCCAAUUUUCCUGUGGACACGCAAGUUGCUUACAUCCUAAGCCUUGGAGUGGUGAAGGAGUUCAGAAAACAUGGAAUAGGUUCGCUCUUGCUCGAAAGUUUAAAAGACCAUAUAUCAACAACGGCCCAAGAUCACUGCAAAGCCAUCUACCUGCAUGUCCUCACCACUAACAACACGGCAAUAAACUUCUAUGAGAACAGAGACUUUAAACAGCACCACUAUCUUCCCUAUUAUUAUUCCAUCAGAGGGGUCCUCAAAGAUGGCUUUACCUACGUCCUGUACAUCAACGGCGGACAUCCACCCUGGACAAUCUUUGACUACCUACAGCACAUUGGAUCCACGCUAGCCAGCCUGAGCCCCUGUUCAAUUCCCCAGAGGAUAUAUCGACAAGCCCAGAGCCUUCUCUGCAGCCUCCUGCCCUGGUCUGGCAUUUCUGCCAAGAGCGGCAUUGAAUAUAGCCGGACGAUGUGA